AUGGAAAGUGAAACGCUGCGUGAUCAGAUCGUAGAGAAGACAAAUAAUCCUGGUAUACGUGAGAGACUGUUAAUGGAGGAGGACCUGACACUUGAUAGAGCUUUGGAAGUAGCUGGGCGUACUGAAGCUGCUAAAGCUGAUGCAGAAGUCAUUGCUGACGGUGACACAAAGCACGUCGCCGCCGUUCAAGUGCAAAAGAAGGCGCGCAAGCCAAAAUACAAGACCGUUCAGAAACCGGAUGCAACCCUCACCUGCUAUCAUUGUGAUUCAGCUGGCCACCUAGCCAACGAUAAAUCCUGCCCUGCGAAGGACUGCAAAUGUAAAACAUGUGGUCGCUUCACAGACAGCACAGAUCCAGGGAUAUCGGCAACCCUGCGCUCAUUUCUUGGUCUGAGUGUAUGGUACAGCAAGUUUGUGCCCAACUACGCAACUGUUGUUGAACCUAUGAGAGCUCUGCUGCGAAAGGACAGUUCAUUCCGGUGGAAUGAUGCAGCUCAAGCAGCAUUUGACCAAGUCAAGAGGAUGAUCGUGAAUAGCCCUGCUCUAGUGCUGUUCGACCCCAACAAGCCUACCAUAGUCUCAACAGACGCUUCAGACUACGGGUUAGGUGCCAUCUUGACUCAGCUGGACAGUACUGUGCUCACAAAGCUCCAUGCACAGAUACGGAAAGGCUGGCCCUCACGAAAGAAGGCACUUGAGCCUGACUUACAGCCAUACUUCCUGAUCCGCCAUGAGCUUGCACUCACGGAUGACUGUAUUGUCAGAGCUGCUGCCUGGGAAAAGGUUUCCGUGGACGUCGUAGGUCCAUUUGAAAUAGCACCUGCUGAUUGCAGAUAUGUCAUAACACUGGUAGACUACUAUAGUAAAUGGCCUGAAGUAGCUUUUGCUGCCUGUGCUGACACAGAUACUUUCAUCCAGUUCCUGACCACUGUUUUCUCUCGAGAAGGGAAUCUAAAAGAACUGUAUGGACGGUCGGAUAGCUACCGCGUGGCUACCACGCAGGACAAGGAUGAGAAGGAGUCGCCCAAGAAGAAGGGAGGCAAGGACCUUGAUGACCUCAAGAAGGAAGUGCCACUGACGGAACAUAAGAUGUCUGUUGAGGAGGUUUGCCGGAAAUACAACACUGAUAUUGUCCAGGGUUUGACCAAUGCCAAGGCAGCUGAGUACCUGGCAAGGGAUGGGCCCAAUGCCCUCACCCCUCCCCCCACCACCCCAGAGUGGGUCAAGUUCUGCCGCCAGCUUUUUGGGGGCUUUUCCAUCCUGCUCUGGACCGGUGCCAUCCUCUGCUUCCUGGCCUAUGCCAUCCAGGCUGCCACAGAGGACGAGCCUGCUGGAGAUAAUUUGUACCUGGGUAUCGUGCUGUCAGCCGUGGUUAUCAUCACAGGUUGCUUCUCCUACUUCCAGGAGGCCAAGAGCUCCAAGAUCAUGGAGUCUUUUAAGAACAUGGUACCCCAGCAAGCGCUUGUGAUCCGCGAGGGAGAAAAGAUGCAGAUAAACGCUGAGGAGGUGGUGGCAGGAGACCUGGUGGAGGUGAAGGGAGGUGACAGGAUCCCCGCCGACCUACGCAUCAUCUCCUCUCAUGGCUGCAAGGUGGACAACUCCUCCCUGACUGGUGAAUCAGAGCCUCAGACCAGGUCACCUGACUGUACCCAUGACAACCCCCUGGAGACUCGCAACAUCGCCUUCUUUUCCACCAACUGUGUGGAAGGCACGGCACGCGGUAUUGUGGUGUGUACCGGCGAUCGUACAGUGAUGGGCCGUAUUGCUACCCUCACCUCAGGCCUGGAGACUGGCAAGACACCUAUCGCGAAAGAGAUUGAGCACUUCAUCCACCUAAUCACAGGCGUGGCCGUUUUCCUGGGUGUGACCUUCUUCAUCCUGUCAAUCAUCCUCGGAUACAGCUGGCUUGAGGCCGUCAUCUUCCUCAUUGGCAUCAUCGUGGCCAAUGUGCCUGAGGGACUGCUGGCCACUGUCACUGUGUGUCUGACUCUGACUGCCAAGCGUAUGGCUCGUAAGAACUGUCUGGUGAAGAACCUGGAGGCGGUGGAGACACUGGGCUCCACCUCCACCAUCUGCUCCGACAAGACCGGCACCCUGACCCAGAACCGCAUGACCGUGGCCCACAUGUGGUUCGACAACCAGAUCCAUGAGGCUGACACCACCGAGGACCAGUCUGGAGCCUCAUUUGACAAGAGCUCCGUGACAUGGGUCUCCCUGGCCCGCAUUGCCGCCCUGUGCAACCGGGCUGUGUUCAAGGCCGGCCAGGAGUCCUUGCCCAUCCUGAAGCGCGACGUGGCGGGCGAUGCCUCCGAGUCGGCCCUGCUGAAGUGCAUCGAGCUGUCCUGCGGCUCCGUCAAGGCCAUGAGGGACAAGAACAAGAAGGUGGCCGAGAUCCCCUUCAACUCCACCAACAAGUACCAGCUUUCGGUUCACGAGACAGAUGGCGAAAGUGACAACCACUACCUGCUGGUGAUGAAAGGAGCCCCCGAGAGAAUCCUGGACCGCUGCUCCACCAUCAUGCUGCAGGGGAAGGAGCAGCCCAUGGAUGAGGAGAUGAAGGAGGCCUUCCAGAAUGCCUACCUGGAGCUGGGAGGACUGGGAGAGAGAGUACUGGGUUUCUGCCACCUCUACCUGCCAGAGGACAAGUUCCCCAAAGGCUUCGCCUUCGACACCGACGACGUCAACUUCCAGACAGACAACCUUUGCUUCGUGGGCCUCAUGUCCAUGAUUGACCCGCCCCGUGCCGCCGUGCCCGACGCCGUCGGCAAGUGCCGCUCUGCCGGCAUCAAGGUCAUCAUGGUGACCGGUGACCACCCCAUCACAGCCAAGGCCAUUGCAAAGGGAGUAGGCAUUAUCUCUGAGGGCAACGAGACGGUGGAGGACAUCGCCGCCCGGCUCAAUAUCCCAGUCAGCCAGGUCAAUCCCAGAGAUGCCAAGGCGUGUGUGAUCCACGGUACGGAUCUGAAGGACCUGAGUCAGGAGCAGAUGGACGACAUCUUGAGAAACCACACAGAGAUCGUCUUCGCCAGAACAUCACCACAACAGAAACUCAUCAUCGUAGAGGGCUGCCAGAGACAGGGUGCCAUUGUGGCAGUGACAGGUGAUGGCGUGAAUGACUCACCUGCCCUGAAAAAGGCCGACAUCGGUGUUGCUAUGGGGAUCUCUGGCUCUGAUGUGUCCAAACAGGCAGCUGACAUGAUCCUGCUGGAUGACAACUUCGCCUCCAUUGUCACAGGAGUGGAGGAAGGGCGUCUGAUCUUCGACAACCUGAAGAAGUCCAUCGCCUACACUCUGACCAGCAACAUCCCUGAGAUCACCCCUUUCCUCUUCUUCAUCAUGGUCAACAUCCCACUGCCCCUGGGAACCAUCACCAUCCUCUGCAUUGACCUGGGAACUGAUAUGGUGCCAGCCAUCUCCCUGGCCUAUGAGGCAGCAGAGAGCGACAUCAUGAAGCGUCAGCCCAGGAACCCUGCGAGGGACAAGCUGGUCAAUGAGAGGCUGAUUAGCAUCGCCUACGGACAGAUCGGUAUGAUCCAGGCUUUAGGAGGCUUCUUCUCCUACUUUGUGAUCCUGGCUGAAAACGGUUUCUUGCCCUCUUUACUGGUGGGCAUCAGGCUGAACUGGGACGACCGCUCCAACAACGACCUGGAGGACAGCUACGGACAGCAAUGGACGUACGAGCAGCGUAAGAUUGUGGAGUUCACCUGCCACACAGCCUUCUUUGUCAGUAUUGUGGUGGUGCAGUGGGCUGACGUCAUCAUCUGCAAGACCCGGCGCAACUCUGUGUUCCAGCAGGGCAUGAAGAACAAGAUCCUGAUCUUUGGCCUGUUUGAGGAGACGGCCCUGGCUGCCUUCCUGUCUUACUGCCCCGGCAUGGACGUGGCACUGCGGAUGUACCCACUCAAGCCAAGUUGGUGGUUCUGUGCAUUCCCAUACAGUUUCCUCAUCUUUGUCUAUGAUGAGAUCCGAAAACUCAUACUGCGCCGAAACCCCGGAGGCUGGGUGGAAAAGGAGACUUACUAUUAAACUAUCAGAACCAUUCUUUACUUCUCUCCCCCUCCCUACCCUGAACACAUUCCCUACACCCCCCCUCUACUUUCUCCUCCUCUAAUCCAUCCAUCCCUCUCCACAC